UUAUAAAACGGAACCCCAAUAAUAUAAUGUUGUACCUAUAUAAAUGUUAUGUAUAAAUGUUCGCAAAAUUAAAACAUCAGACAUCAGUUGUGGUUUAAGAAUUUUAAUCGUGAUUUGUCUUGGUAAUUUUUAAAACUAGGUUUUUAAUUUUUGUCAACUGUGUACAACGAAAGACUUAAAGUAAUCGCCUAUUACUGAAGUCGUUUAUUUUACUAAUUUCCUAUUAUGAAUGCACUCAAGUGAAAACACACUCAGAAAUUUAUCGCCACCGUACCACACGACCGGCGGCGUUCCGUUCACCAUGCCCGUUGAUUAUAUUGGAUUUGCUUACGCCGCAACGGUGGCGGCCGGAGGCAUCAUCGGCUACGCCAAAGCAGCAAGUAUUCCAAGUCUGUCGGCGGGUUUGUUGUUUGGAUCUCUACUUGGGUAUGGUGCAUACCAAACCACAAAAAAUCCCAAUAACUUGGCCCUUUCAUUGGGUACAAGUGCAGUUCUAGGAGGAAUAAUGGGUGUUCGUUAUCUUAAUAGUGGAAAAGUCAUGCCAGCUGGUAUAUUGGCAGCUUUAAGUUUGGCCAUGGUGAUCAGAUUGGGUGCUAGACAAGUUAUUGUUUGGUCGGCAAAAAACGAAUAGACAAUCCUGGAGAAAACACUGAAGUACUACAACAACCAUCACUAUCAGUUCUAAAUGUUAUACAAGAGCAAAAUAACGAGCCAAAAGAAUUACUAGAGGGCAAUAAUGCAAAUGUUUGAAAAUCAUUGCAUAUUUGCAUUUGCCCUUUUAGUUCUCAUCUCCAGGAUUGUGAAUACAGUACUGCUAAAUAUAAAAUUAGAAUAGUUUAAAAUUAAAUUAUAUUUAAAUUAUAAUUUUUGGUGGUUUGGGUAAUUUUUACCAUUAUUUAUGAUUACUGCUUUAUAUAAGUAUUUUUUUUUUUUAAUGAUUUGUAUCAAAAUAAAAACAAAAAAAACUAAAA